CUCCGGCUCGUUCAAUCUCCUCCGGAGGCACAGGAAUCCUUUGCCGGUGGCUACUCUUCAUGUGGCUGGAGUGCUCCCUCCACUCCGCCCUGGCUUGAUUGUAUACUGGGAGGAGCUAUUCACCAAAGGUUGACAAACGUCAGCUCCUUGUUCCGAGCAAUGGCAUGAAAAUCCACAAAGCUGCUUCGGCAUGCUGAGCUCGUGGGCUCUCACUCACCUCUUGUCGGUAGGCCGUGCAGCAAGUCUCGGAGCAGCAAAACGACUUUUGAAUAUGUCGUGGCUCGAGAGUAGUGCAUGGAUCUUCCAACGGGCACCGAAUUGUCCAUUCAGUCUCCCAGACGUGGCCACAAUGAUGGGUCCAGACUAUCGCCCAACACAUUUUGGAUGGAGAAGAUCGCCGUUGGUAUCUGUAGUUGACUGGACUCGAGCAGGUGUGUUGUUGGCUCUACCAAACCAUGGAGGAAACAUUCCAAUAAUUAUACUGGCCGUGCCAAGAGCCACCUCAGCACCCAAGCUCGGAUGGAAUGUCUGCUAACUAGUCUUCGCGCUCAAGCACUGACAUGUCGCCACUGAACAGUGCCUCUCUGGCUGCAUGCUUCUUCACCGCACAGUCAAAGUGUGCGAGGUAGGCU